GCCCUCCACAACCACUUCUUCCCUUUCUCCCACCUCCCACCUCCACCACCCCUAUGUCACCGCCUUCCUCCGCGCGCUCUUGCUCCCGCUGCUUCCAACGACCCCCGCGCUAAUUGUGCCAAGGUUGUUCAGAUUUGUUAAUGGAGGUAACCGUCGGCUAACCCAUCCUCCGCCGUCCGCCCCUCUCUGUCUCUGGGCUUCUCUGCAUCUCCUGGUUCCUACCAGUGCGUGGGAAAUUGUUUGGGGUGUGGAUUUGGUUGGGGGGAGGAGGAGGCUGGUUGAGAUUUGUGGUGUGCUCCCGUGGGGGAAUUGAUGGUGGGUCGUAUGGCGUGUCCCCAUGAUUGGUUGCUGUGGGACGCCUUCUUGGAAUGCGGAGGGAUCCGGAGGCCGCCGAUUAGAUAGCGGCCGGGAAGGAGGGGGAGGAGGAGGAGAACGAGGAGGCGGAGGCCGCCAUUAGCACCCACCACCCCGAGGCUCGAGUCACCGGCCGGCCAUGGGGGAGGACCUCGUGACCACCCUGUCCAUGGAGAACGGCGGCGGAGGCGGCCAUCACGGCCCCUGCACCCUCCUCUCCAUGGACCCCUCCGGCCACCUCGACGACCGCGCCGUCGGCGUCAUGGUGCAGCCCCGCAUCGGAGCGGGCGCGCGCGCCCGCGUCGUGUCCCUCUCCGGCGCGGCCCCGCCCGACAUCAACCAGCCGUGGCAGACGGAGCCCUGCGACAUGCUGGAUGUCGGCCUCGGGCCGCAGGUCUACGACGGCGAGGUCGUGCUGAGCAGCGCACCGAAGGCUGGGAGCCGGAAGACCGCCAAGCGCGGGGACAGCAUCUGGGGCGCGUGGUUCUUCUUCACCUUCUACUUCAAGCCCCUGCUGUCGGACAAGGGCAAGGGCAAGGUCGUCCGGGACAGCAAGGGGUUGUCGGGGUUCGACAAAUCGGACCUGCGCCUCGACAUGUUCCUGGUGCAACACGACAUGGAGAACAUGUACAUGUGGGUGUUCAAGGAGAGGCCGGAUAAUGCCCUUGGUAAGAUGCAGCUGAGGAGCUACAUGAACGGGCACUCACGCCCUGGUGAACCUCAUUUCCCUUUUAGUGUUGACAGGGGAUUUGUCCGAUCACACCGGAUGCAGCGAAAGCACUACCGGGGGCUCUCGAAUCCGCAGUGUAUUCAUGGAAUUGAGGUGGUUAAUUCACCGAAUCUUGGAGGCAUCACUGACUUGGACCGGAGGAGGUGGGUGGAGCUUACAGGGAGGGAGCUCAAUUUCUCUAUCCCACAAGAGGCCAGUGACUUUGGGACAUGGAGAACUAUGCCAAACUCGGAGCUUGAGCUGGAGAGGCCACACCCUACCAUGAAGAGCAAUGUUCAGCCACCCCAAAAGAAGUUGCUAAAUGGAUCUAGCUUGAAUUUGUCAUCACCAUCCAAUCAUUCAGGAGAAGACGGCAUGGAUCUCUCCCCAGUUAGCAGCAAGCGCAGGAAGGAGGCGUUUCCACAUGCCAUGGAUGAGGACUGCUUCUUGCCACUGAACUCUUGCAAUGGAAGGACACAACAAGAUAUUGAGAUGCAUUCAGUGUUGCAACCGUCGUGGCUGAAUGAGUUCACUGGGGUGAUGAGGAAGGCUUCCGGGCCAGCAACAGCUGCCAAGUCUAUUUACGAGGAUGACCAGGGCUACUUAAUUAUGGUCAGCUUGCCAUUCGUUGAUCAGCAGAGGGUGAAGGUUUCCUGGAAGAAUAGUCUUACCCAUGGUAUAGUUAAGAUCCUUUGUGUUAGUACAGCAAGGAUGCCAUACUUAAGAAGACAUGAUAGAGUCUUCAAGCUCGCCGACGCUACGCCAGAGCACUGCCCUCCUGGGGAGUUCAUCCGUGAAAUACCUCUAGCUACCCGUAUCCCUGAAGAUGCUAAGCUGGAGGCAUACUUUGAUGAGGCUGCUGCAGUUCUUGAGAUUAUGGUCCCCAAACGAGGAAGCGAACCAGAAGAACAUGAAGUUAGGGUCUCAAUGCGCCCUCCUCACCUUGGAACUAACGAUCUCCUGCUGACAUAGGUAAUGGAAGGCCUCCCCGUAUCUUCUUUGUGAUCUCCAGAUCAGAGAUGCUCGAAGGAGCUAAAAGUUAUACUACUAGCGUCUUGUUCUGAGGGUGUUGCUAGGCCUCUUCAGCAGCAAGCCUCUCCUGAAGACUAGUUUAUUCUAGCUGCUGUGUUGCGGGUGUCUUUUUAGCCCUCAUGUUCUCAUUAUAGCAUAUGGUGGGAUUGCUUGUUCUAGAAUCUGUACCAAGUUCAGUUAACAUAAUAAACUUUCCAUUUCUUAA